AACCAACCCAGUUAGAUCUAGUUAUAUAGCUAUGUUGUUAGCCAAUAACGAGUCAACAAGUCAGCGGGCUAAUGAUAGGAAGUGGGUGUGUGUGUAAGCCGGUGGUGGCUGCAAGACUACAGAAGAAGAAAAGCAUCUUGCUGGCUAGUUAUUUGGUUUCUUUUCAAAACUAUCUUUCAGUAAACUGGGAAAAGCUGGGGGGAAAUAGCUACCAAGCUAACGACAGUCAGGCAGUCCGUCGGACAGCGAGCACCAUGACCGAAACCAACAUGACUGACUCCAAUGUGAAGGUCGCUGUCCGAGUUCGACCAAUGAACAGGAGAGAAAAAGACCUGAACACAAAAUGUGUGGUGGAAAUGGAGGGCAACCAGACAGUACUGCACUCUGCCAGUGGGAACCUGGGCAAAGGAGACGCCAGGAGUCAGCCGAAGGUUUUCGCCUAUGAUCACUGCUUCUGGUCAAUGGACGAGUCUGAAACAGACAAGUUUGCUGGUCAGGAUGUGGUCUUCCAGUGCCUUGGAGAGAGUCUUUUGCACAACGCGUUUGCAGGCUACAAUGCCUGCAUCUUUGCUUAUGGUCAGACAGGCUCGGGUAAGUCAUUCACCAUGAUGGGCUCGGUGGACCAGCCAGGACUGAUCCCGCGCCUCUGCAGCUCAUUAUUUGAGCGCACGCUGCAGCACCAGAGGGAAGAGGAGAGUUUCACUGUGGAGGUGUCUUACAUGGAAAUCUACAACGAGAAGGUCCGUGAUCUGCUGGACCCCAAAGGGAGUCGGCAGGCCCUGAGAGUGAGAGAACACAAGGUCCUGGGGCCCUAUGUGGAUGGCCUUUCCCGCCUUGCCGUUGCCAGUUACAAGGACAUUGAGUCUCUGAUGUCAGAGGGAAACAAAUCACGCACAGUGGCUGCCACCAACAUGAAUGAGGAGAGCAGCCGCUCCCACGCUGUCUUCAUCAUCAUCCUGACGCACAAACUGAAGGAUCUCCUGUCGGGGACAAGUGGGGAGAAGGUGAGCAAGCUGAGCCUGGUGGACCUGGCAGGGAGCGAGCGGGCAGCCAAGACUGGCGCAGCAGGCGAGAGACUGAAAGAGGGCAGCAACAUAAACAAGUCUCUCACCACACUGGGGCUGGUGAUUUCUGCCCUGGCGGACCAAGGUGCUGGGAAGAACAAAAGCAAAUUUGUGCCCUACAGAGACUCUGUGCUCACCUGGCUGCUCAAGGACAGUCUGGGAGGGAACAGUCGGACAGCCAUGGUGGCAACAAUUAGCCCAGCGGCAGACAACUAUGACGAGACCCUGUCCACCUUACGGUAUGCUGACCGUGCCAAGAGUAUUGUAAACCAUGCAGUGGUGAAUGAAGACCCCAAUGCCAGAAUCAUCCGCGAGCUCAGAGAAGAGGUGGAGAAGCUCCGAGACCAGCUGUCUGAGGCCGAGUCCAUGAAAGCUCCAGAGCUGAAGGACAGGCUGGAGGAGUCUGAGAAACUGAUCCAGGAAAUGACUGUCACCUGGGAGGAGAAACUGAGGAAGACAGAGGAGAUCGCUCAGGAGAGACAGAAACAGCUGGAGAGUUUGGGGAUCUCUUUGCAGUCAUCUGGAAUUCGGGUAGGAGAGGACAAGUGCUUCCUGGUCAAUCUCAAUGCCGACCCCGCCCUCAACGAGCUGCUGGUUUACUACUUAAAGGAGCACACGUUUGUGGGCGCAGCCGACUCCCAGGAUAUUCAGUUAUGUGGAAUGGGCAUCCAGCCCGAGCACUGUGUCAUUGACAUCUCUGCAGAGGGCGUUGUAGUCCUCACCCCUCAUCGCAAUUGCCGCACGUGUGUAAAUGGCUCUCCUGUCACCAGCCCAGUCCAGCUUCACCAUGGCGACCGCAUCUUCUGGGGCAAUAACCACUUCUUCAGGAUCAAUCUGCCUAAGCGGCGUUCGCAGGGUGGGGCCGAGGAGGACGAGAGUGGGGUCGGGGUCAUGAAGAGCAGCAACAGCAACGAACAGCUGGACGUAGAUGGAGACACGACAAGCGAGGUCUCCAGCGAGGUCAGCUUCAGCUACGAGUUUGCCCAGACUGAAGUCAUGAUUAAGGCCCUGGGAAACAAUGACCCCAUGCAGGCCGUGCUGCAGAGCCUGGAGAGACAGCACGAGGAAGAGAAGCGCUCAGCUCUGGAGCGUCAACGGCUGAUGUACGAGCAGGAGCUGCAGCAGCUGCGCAGGCGACUCACCACAGACAAGCCACAGUCCCUGCAGUCGCCGCAGGGCUUGCAGCAGCAGUACCGCAGCAUGGAGAGGCUGACUCUGGGAGGGGUCUCCAUCUCCUCGUCCAGUGGGCAGAACCGCCUACGCCAGUGGAGCGAGGAGAGGGAAGCGGUGCUGACACGGAGCUUGCGGAAGCUGAGAGAACAGAUCGUCAGAGCAAACCUGCUGGUGCAGGAGGCUGGCUUCAUCGCAGAGGAGCUGGAUAAGAGGACAGAGUACCGUGUCACGCUGCAGAUCCCUGCAGCCAACCUCAAUGCCAACAAGAAGCGAGACGCAGUGCUGAGUGAGCCAGCGGUGCAGGUGCGCAGGAAAGGCAAGGGAAAGCAGAUCUGGGCCAUGGAGAAGAUGGAGAACCGACUGGUGGACAUGCGUGAACUCUACCAAGAGUGGAAGGACUAUGACGAGGACAACCCUGUGAUGCGCUCCUACUUCAAGAGGGCUGACCCAUUUUUUGACGAGCAGGAGAACCACAGCUUGAUCGGGGUGGCAAAUGUCUUCCUUUCCUGCCUCUUCUACGACGUAAAGCUGCAGUACGCCGUUCCCAUCAUUAACCAGAAGGGGGAGGUGGCAGGGCGGCUGCAUGUGGAGGUGCUGCGAGUAAGCGGGGGGUUUGAGGAGAGUGUGGUCGAAGAAGAGGAUCCUGUGGGGGAGAUACCGGAACGCAAGCUGGUCUGCAUGGUUAAGAUCCUCCAGGCCACAGGGCUUCCUAGGUACCUCUCCAACUUUGUGUUCUGCCAGUACUCCUUCUGGGACCAGGAGGAGCCUAUCAUUGUAGCACCGGAGGUGGACCCCUCUGCCUCCUCCCCAACCAGUAAAGACCCUCACUGCAUGGUGGUGUUUGACAGCUGCAAGGAGCUUGCGGUGACUGUGUCGGAGGACUUCAUCGAGUACCUGACAGAGGGUGCUGUGGCCAUCGAAGUGUACGGACACAAGCAAUCAGACCCACGGCGGAACCAGGCCUUGUGGGACCUGGGCAUCAUUCAGGCCAAAACACGCACUUUACGGGAUAGGUGGAGCGAGGUAACCCGGAAGCUGGAGUUGUGGGUCCAGAUUCUGGAGCUUAAUGAGGUUGGGGAGUUUAUCCCUGUGGAGGUGAUCCCUGCUAGGGAUGUCCGAACUGGGGGAAUCUUCCAGCUCAGACAGGGCCAGUCCAGGAGGGUGCAAGUGGAGGUGUGUUCUGUCCAUGACUCGGGAACAAUGCCCCUUAUCGUCGAGUCAGUGCUUUCUGUCUCCAUCGGCAACGUAGCAAUCCGGCAGGCACAUUUGUCCAAAGGAAGCGAAUCCCAGCAGGGAGGUGAUGAUGACAUGGACAGCUACCAGGAACGAGAUCUGGAGCGUCUUCGGCGGCAGUGGCUAAUGGCUUUGACCAAGAGACAAGAAUACCUGGACCAGCACCUGCAGAAGGUGGUCAGCAAGCCAGACAAGUCUGAGGAUGACAUGGAACGUGAAUCCCAGUUGCUGGAGUGGCGUCUGACACUGACAGAGGAACGCAACGCUGUAAUGGUGCCAUCUGCCGGCAGUGGCAUUCCUGGUGCCCCUGCAGAGUGGGUCCCUGUUCCUGGAAUGGAGACACACAUCCCCGUCCUCUUUCUGGACCUCAGUGCAGAUGACUUUAACUCCCAGGACAACCUGGACUCCCCCAGGCCUGGUGGCUGGGACGGCUCCCUGAGUGGGGAGGAUGAGGACGAAUUCUUCGACCUGCAGAUCGUCAAGCACCAUGAUGGAGAGGUGAAAGCAGAGGCAUCGUGGGACUCCACAGUGCAUGAGUGUCCCCAGCUCAGCCGGGGCACUGCAGCAGAGCAGAGGGUGUUCCUGACAGUGCGAACCAUGGUGCAACUCAGCCACCCCGCUGAAAUGCAACUGGUCCUACGCAAGCGCAUCUGCGUUAACCUCACUGGCCGACAGGGGUUUGCUCAGAGCUUUCUGAAAAGGAUUUCCCAGAGGAGUACUAUCCCUGGCUGUGGAGUUACCUUUGAGAUCGUUUCCAACAUCCCUGGGGAUGCCCAGGGCUCAGAGGACAGGGAGAUGCUCGCCAGACUUGCUGCCAGCACUGACAAUCCACAGUCAGCAGACAGCGAGGCAGCCAUCGAGAAGUACCUUCGCAGCGUACUAGCUGUGGAAAACAUCCUUACACUAGACAGACUGCGGCAGGAAGUGGCGGUGAAGGAACACUUGGCAAGCAAAGGAAAAGGACACAGGCGCAGUCUCAGCUCUCCAAAUGUACACAGGUUGUCUGGGAGCAGACAGGAUCUCUCUUUAAAUUACAUGCCGGAAGACAAGGGUCACUGGGAGAGCCAGCAUGACAUAUCCAUAAUCUCACCCCAGCUGAGCCGCACCAUGCCCCAAUCAUCCUUGUCCCAAAACCAGGAUGCAGAACAAGUGAAGGCCAUGGUCCCACAGAUGCCCAAGUUGCUCAAGUCUCUCUUCCCUGUUCGGGAUGACAAGAAAGACCUGCGCCCAUCUCCCCUCACUCAGCAGGUGGGAAUCUCUGGCUGGUCUCUUCUUCAGCUCAAACUCCUUCCCAAAAAAAGUAUUGGUUGUAAUGGGCCACACUUUGACUGAACACGUGGGUCUGUAUAGUGAGAAAAAUCAUGAUAAUUUAAAUAUGAAAAAUCAGGAGGUCUGAAUUGGAUACAUUCUGAGCAUCCAAAUGGCCAGAUAAAGAGCAGGGUUGAACAGCAGAGUCAGACAAAAAACUAUUUUCUUUACAGCCCUGCAGCUGUCUCUUCUCUUUAGAAAAUAUCAAAAACCACAAAGGGACCAGCCAAGCUGAAGUGAUGGAGAUUGAAGGCAGAGUGAUCCCCACUACUCUCACCCACACCCACUCCCACCCUACCCAUUAGAUUCAACAGACCCAAUCACCCAACCAAUACACCCUGUGGAGCAGUGCACCAAACCCUGUUUGAUUUUUCUCUAAAUAUUAUUUCUCCAUAACACAUGCUAAUAGUGUAUUCAA